AUUAAAUGGGAUAUUAAGGCCAUCUUCUCAACCCCUACCAACAACACUCCUCAUCAGAGAUGCUCAAAGCAUUUGUUCCCCCACCACUGAAAAUGAAUGAACAAAUUAUAAAACUCUUCUACCAAUCCAUUCCAAGGAAAUCCCAUAAACCGCAUGAGUUAGCCGAUCGACUCCGAUCUUUGGCAAGCAACUGCAUCACAUUUCUUCAUCUUUACUGGGGGGAAUCCGUCUGAUCUUUACCAGAUGGAUGACGAGAGGGAUGGGUAUACGGUGGAGGAAGCGCUUGUCACUAUGGGGUUUGGGAAAUUCCAAGUUCUUGUGCUCAUCUAUGCCGGGAUGGGUUGGAUAUCUAAAGCCAUGGAAAUUAUGCUUCUCUCGUUUGUGGGACCCGCUGUUCGAUUUGCUUGGAAUCUCUCUCCUCAUCAAGAAACCUUGCUAACAAGUAUGGUUUUUGUUGGAAUGUUGGGCGGAGCAUACACUUGGGGAAUCGUUUCUGACAACUACGGAAGGAGGAAUGGGUUUUUUGUGACAGCAGUGAUUACUGCUCUGGCUGGCUUAACAAGUGCUUUUUCGCCAAACAUAACAGUGUUGAUCAUCAUUCGGUGUCUGGUGGGGGUUGGCUUGGGUGGGGGUCCUGUCCUUUCUUCUUGGUUCUUGGAGUUCAUUCCUGCUCCAAAUAGAGGCACUUGGAUGGUAGUUUUUGCAGCUUUCUGGACCAUUGGCACCAUUUUUGAGUCUUCACUAGCAUGGAGAUUUCUGCUUAUUAUUGCAGAUAGUCAUGCCAAGACUUGGUUGGAGAUGGCUACUUGCACUCUCCUCCAUACCAUCCUCCUUGCUUCUUUUGUUCUACAGUUUCACUAUCGAGUCUCCGAGGUAUUUGUGCACAAAGGGGAGACAAGCAGAAGCCUUACAUAAUCUUGAAAAAAUAGCAAGAAUAAACGGAGCAAGACUGCCGCCAGGGGUUCUUCUCUCUGACCGAAAAGUCGCUCCAACAGAAGACAAUAAUUCACCGAAUGGAGAUGGAAGUGUGAAGUCUAAACUGGUGGAAUGCACUUUCCGAUGGUUUUCUUCACUUAUCACGCUUCUUUCACCAAGCUUAGCCAGAUCAACUCUCCUUUUGUGGGUAGUUUUCUUUGGUAAUGCGUUCUCGUACUACGGCAUUGUUCUCCUGACUACCCAACUCAACAGUGGUCACCAUAAAUGCUCCCCUACAGAGUUCGAAUCCAAGAAUUCAAAGGCUAUUAACUACCGCGGCGUUUUCAUCACUAGUUUUGCAGAGAUCCCGGGGCUUAUCCUCUCUGCUGUAAUGAUCGAUAGAGUUGGCCGUAAAUACUCCAUGUCAUCUCUAUUCUUUGUCUGUUGCAUUUUCAUCCUCCCUCUUAUUCAUCCUCAAUCCAAAGGUCUAACAACAGGACUUCUGUUUGGAGCUCGAACGUGCAUUGCCGCAACCUUCAACAUUGUGUGUAUUUAUGCUCCAGAGGUAUGUGAGAAUCAUUUUGGGAAAAACAAAUAUUCUCUCCAAUG